AAGGUCGCAGCCUCCGCGUCCCCAAACACCCGUGCCUUCCGGAACUUACCCGGGCAGUGUCUGGAUGAUACUGUAAUUCCUAGAUACCACAAAGGAGCCAGUGAAACUUGCGAGGUUCUGUAACACGGGAAAGCCUGCUGGGCGCAAAAUUCUGUGGCAUCUCUGAAAUACUACCUGAGAAUUUUUGUGUGCCAUGUCAAAGAAACGCAAAUGGGAUGAUGACUAUGUUCGUUACUGGUUCACCUGUACAACAGAAGUUGACGGAACUCAACGCCCACAGUGUGUGUUGUGUAACUCAGUAUUUUUAAAUGCUGACCUCAGACCAUCAAAACUGUCAGACCAUUUUAACAGACAGCAUGGCGGUGUGGCUGGGCAUGAUCUGAGUAGCUUGAAGCAUAUGCCAACGGCAUCUGAUCAGAGUGAAACCUUGAAAGCAUUUGGUGUUGCAUCUCAUGAGGAUGCCUUAUUGCAAGCAUCAUACCAGUUUGCAUAUUUGUGUGCCAAGGAGAAGAAUCCUCAUACAGUUGCUGAAAAGUUAGUGAAACCUUGUGCGCUAGAAAUAGCACAAAUAGUUUUGGGACCAGAUGCACAAAAGAAGCUUCAGCAGGUACCCUUAUCAGAUGAUGUGAUCCAUUCUAGAAUUGAAGAAAUGAGCCAAGAUAUCUUAGAGCAAGUUCUAGAAGAUAUCAAAGCCAGUCCUCUUAAAGUGGGUAUUCAACUUGCUGAGACAACUGACAUGGAUGACUGCAGUCAGCUCAUGGCAUUUGUGCGAUAUAUAAAGGAAAGAGAGAUUUUAGAGGAAUUCCUAUUCUGUGAACCAUUGCAGGUAACCAUGAAAGGAACAGACGUGUUCAACCUCUUCAGAGACUUCUUUGUGCAGCAUGAGAUAGCACUUGAUGUAUGUGGCUCUGUUUGUACUGAUGGUGCAUCCUCUAUGCUAGGAGGAAAUUCAGAAUUUGUUGCCUGUAUGAAAAAAGAGCUACCUCAUAUUGUGAUCACACAUUGUUUGUUGAACCCUCAUACGCUUGUCACAAAGACGUUGCCGACAAAACUGAGGGAAGCUCUGUUUACUGUGGUGAGAGUAAUAAAUUUUAUCAAAGGACGAGCUCCAAAUCAUCGUCUGUUUCAGGCUUUCUUUGAAGAAAUUGGUAUAGAAUAUAGUGUCCUCCUUUUUCACACUGAAAUGAGAUGGCUUUCCAGAGGCCAGAUACUAACUCAUAUUUUUGAAAUGUAUGAAGAAGUAAAUCAGUUUCUUCACCACCAAAGCAGUAAUUUAGUUGAUGACUUUGAAAAUAAAGAGUUUAAAAUUCACCUGGCAUACCUUGCAGAUUUAUUCAAACACCUAAAUGAACUUAGUGCAUCUAUGCAAAGAACAGGGAUGAAUACAGUGUCAGCUAGAGAGAAGUUAUCUACUUUUGUUAGGAAAUUUCCUUUCUGGCAAAAACGAAUUGAGAAAAGAAAUUUUACCAACUUUCCUUUUCUUGAAGAAAUAAUUACUUCAGAUAACAAAGGUGUAUGCAUUGCAGCUGAAAUAACACUGCAUCUGCAGCAGCUGAGCAGUUCCUUCCAUGGAUAUUUUUCUAUUGGAAAUCUCAAUGAGGCAAGUAAAUGGGUACUGGAUCCAUUUCUUUUUAACCUUGAUUUUGUUGAUGAUGGCUAUUUAAUGAAAAAUGAUCUUGCCGAAUUACGAGCUAGUGGCCAAAUCCUAAUGGAAUUUGAGACAAUGAAACUAGAGGAUUUCUGGUGUGCUCAAUUCACAGUGUUUCCAAACUUGGCAAAGACGGCUCUAGAAAUCCUCGUGCCAUUUGCAACUACCUACCUUUGUGAGUUGGGAUUUUCAUCACUUUUACAUUUUAAAACAAAGUCAAGAAGUUGCUUUAAUAUGAGUGAAGACAUACGUGUGGCUAUUUCAAAAAAAGUUCCUCGUUUCUCAGACAUCAUUGAACAAAAGCUACAGCAGAAGUCAUUAUAAGCUGAUACACUUUUGGAAUGUAUAAUUUUCUAAUAUAUUCUUAAUAGCAUUGUAAAAUUAAGCUGCAAUUCUGUUUUAUAUUUAUAGUAUACCGAAUUCUAUGUUUAAAAAUUUUAGCAACUUUAACUUUUUAAUGAGGCGUGUGAAAAUGAGCAUUAAGAAUAAGAACACAGCAGUGUCCCCUUGCCUAGUCAAUACAUAGUAUUUUUCUGAUCCUGAAUAUGUUUCACCUGUUGAUGCAGUAGAUGGAAAGGGUUCCAAAGCACUAGAAUGCCCAGCUAGUUGGUAUCACUGACUAGGGACUGAGCCGAGAAAAAAGAGAAGACUUCCCAAAAAUCAAAGGAAAAAAAUGACAGCCUGAGUCCUCCCAUCUGUUAGAGUUAAGGGGACAUCAAUGAAGUCAGAAGAUUAAGAAAUAUAAUGGAGAGGGCUGUUCUAGCUUAUUUAUAAAUGAACUCUGACAAUGUCCCUAGCUCCCAUGCUCUGAGUAACAUGAUAUUAAUAAAUAUCCUAAUAUCAUGUAAGUCUUUGUCUGCUUUCAGAUUACUUCAGGAUACCAAGUCAUCAAGGCUGCUGAAAAGAAGAUUCCUGGGCCAUACUCUAGGGUUCCCAGUUGGGCAGGUCUGCAAUAAGGUUAAGGAUCCUUAUCCUUUGAAUCCUGUGAAUUUUUAUAUAUUUUCAUUUUAUUUGGAAGGCAAAGAGAAACAGGCAGAGAUCUCCCCUCUACUAGUUUUUUCCCCAAAACCCCACAAGAGCUUGGCUGGGCCAAACUGAAGCCAGCAGCCUGGAACUCAGUCCAGCUCUCCCAUGUGGGUAACAGAGGCCCAACUACUCAAGACAUCAUCUGCUGCCUCCCAAGGUGUGCAUUAGCUGGCAAGUGGAUUGGAAGCAGAGCUGGGACUUAAACCAGGGCGCUGAGAUACCAGAUGCAGUCAUCCCAAGGGGCAUCUUAAGCACUGUGCCACAUACCUCCUCUUCCAUUUUUUAGUUUAAAACCUUACUGUUUGGGACAGCCAUUGUUAUGUAGCAGGUUAAGCUGCUGCUUGGGGCACUCAGAUUCUGUACUGGAGUGCUGGUUCAAGUCCCAUCUGCUUCACUUCCAGGCCAUCUUCUGCUGUUGCAGACAGCACAUGAUGGCUCAAGUGCUUAGGCCCAUGGAAGACCCAGAUAGAGUUCUGGGCUCCUGGCAUCUGCACCCCAGCUCUGACUAUUGCUGGCAUUUGGGGAGUGAACCUGCAGAUGAAACAUAAUUUCUCUGUGUUCUGCCUUUUAAGGGAGGUGAAAAUAAACGUUCUAAAAUAAAAAAUGAAAAAUAAUAACUAAAAAAAAUCCCUUAGUGUUUGACCAAAGUAGCACAUGCUCAUGGCUGGUAGGGAAAUGAUAUAGAGAGAUCCCCUUCCUACCCAAUAACUUUAACCAUUUCUAUUUUAACAUCUUGUGAUUUCAGCUAUAUCUCCUAGUAAUAUCUUCUCGGCAAGCACAUAUGGCAGUUUUGAUUUCUUAGCUUCUGUAGAAGUAACACAUAAUAUCUCACAAUUAUCCCAAAUAUAAUAAGAAAGAGUUAAAUUUAUAAAAAUCCAUCUCACUACUUUACCAGUUUUCCAUUAUUGCACUAAUUUAAAUUUUUAUUAGUUAUUCAUAGCCCUUUAAUGACUUUUUCCCUAUAGAAAUUCAUUACACAGAAAAAAUCAGGGAUGUCUACUAACAUUUUAUUUAUUUUAAAUUUUCAUUAAUAUAUUUGAGAGAACUUCCAUCUCCUGAUUCACUUCUCAAAUGCCUGCAGUGGCUGGCAGUAGGCCAGGGCUGAAGCUGAAAGCCAGAAUCUCCUUCUAGGUCUCCCAUGUGAGUGGCAGGAACCCAGUCACCUGAGCCAUCACCGACACCUUUCAGAGUCUGCAUUGACAGGAAGCUGGAGUAGGACAUGGAGCCAAGUAUUAAACCCAGGCACUCUGAUGUGGGAUGCAGGCAACCUAACCACUAUGGUGAGUGCCUCGCCCACAUGUUUAUAAGGCCAAUAAUCAGAGCAUUUUUAUAGUAGUGAAAAUUUGAUGGAAAAAAAAAAAGAAUAGAACCUGACCACCAAUGAUGCUACCUGUGUACUACAAAUUGAAGUUUAUAUUUUGUACACUAUUCAGUAUUAUCACUGAAAAUGCUUUUAUCAGUAAAUACAAAUGCAUGCCUUCUUUCAUUUAAAAUGUCACAGAGUAUAAGUCCUCAUUUUUCUUAUUAUGGUCUAACAUCAAGAGCAUUGGAAACAUUUCCAAAGUAAUACAGGAAUACUUCUAGAUAUGUUUUACGAAGUUCUAAAGCUAGGAAGGAAAUACGGAUGGGGAAAGGGGUAUGUAUGAAGCCUGGAACCUGAGAGAAUACAAUAGGAGGAUUAGGGUGAAAGGAUCAUUGAUAAUCAGGAUUUCAUUAAGUCUACUAGAAUUCUCAAAAAAAAAAAAAUUGCUGCUGCUCUUAAAUGAAAACCCAAAUGACAUUUAAAUGCGAAGUUACAGAGAGGGAAAGGCAAAGAGAGAGGGAGAAAUCUUCCAUCUGCUAGUUCAGUCCCCAAAUGGCCACAAUGGCUAAGGCUGGGCCAGGCUGAAAACAGGACCAGGAGCUUCAUCUGGGUCUCGCACAUGGGUACAGGGCUCCAAGUACUUGGGCCAUCUUCUGCUGCUUUCCUUAGCACAUUAGCAGGGAGCUAGAUCAGAAGUGGAGUAUCCAGGACUUGAACUGGGGCCUAUAUGGGACGCCAGCACUGCAGGCAGCUGUUCAACCCACUGCACCACAGCACUGGGUCCCCAAUAGACAAUUUUAAGGAAAUGUCCAAAUAGGCUCUUAAAUUCAUUUUCAUAUUCUACACUUCAGUUUUCCUUGAUCAAAUGAAAAAGACUGCAGUGUUUGCUAAAUGAAGAAGUAACUUCGAUUUCUUAUUUAAAAAAUGUCCUAGGGCACUGGCAUCUCAUAUGGGUGCCAUUUUGAGUCCCAGCUGCUCCACUUCUGAUUCAACUCCCUGGUAAGACACGUGGGAAAGCAGCAGAGGAUGGCCCAAAUACUUCAGCACCUACACUGACCGGGGAGACCCAGAGGAAGCUCUUGGCUCCUGGCUUCAGAUUGGCCCAGCGCUGGCCAUUGGGGCCAUCUAGGGAGUGAACCAGAAGAUGGAAGAUCUCUCUUCUCUCUCCCCUUUCCCUUCUCUCCCCUUUCCCUUCUCUCCUCUCUCUCCCCUCUCUUCUCUCUCUGGUUAGACUGCCUAUGUCCUAUAUAAUACUAUCUGGAUUGAGUUACUGGCUCCAGCUCCUGAUUCCAGCUUCCUGCUAAUGCAGAUCCUUGGUAGGCUGUGGUGAUCAAGUAAUUGGGUUGCUGCUGCCCAUGUGGGAGCCCUUUAUUGAGUUUCUGGAUACAGGCCCAAGCCCAGCCCUAGUCAUGGGGAGCAUUUGUGAAGUGAACCAGUGGAUAUGAACUUGCUGUCUCUGCCUCUCAGAUAUUUCUUAUAAGAAUAUGUGUGUUGGGGUUGGUGCUAUGGCAUAACAGGUUAAGCCUCCACCUGUGGCACUGACAACUCAUGUGGGUGCUAGUUUGUGUCCCAGCUGCUUCUCUUCUGAUCCAGGUCUCUGCUAAUGGCCUGGGAAAGCAGCAGAAGAUGGUCUAAGUACUUAGCUCCCACACCCAUGUAGGAGACCUGGAAGAAGCUUCUGGAUCCAGGCUUCAACCUGGCCCAGCCCUGGCUGUUGUGGCCAUUUGGGAAGUGAACCAGCAGAUGGAAGAACUCUCUCUCUCUCUCUCUCUGUCUCUCCCUUUCUCUGUAACUCUACCUCUCAAGUAAAUAAAUAAAUCUUUUUUAAAAAUAUAUACAUAUAUAUUGGUGUAUAUAUAUAUAUAUGUCAUAUGUAUUUGUGUUUUCUAAGGAAUAAAUUGUUUCUGUCAUUUUUGCUAUACAUUUUUAAGACCAUUGGUAAAUCUCAAAAAAAUAAUUAAAACAGGAUAAAGAUAUAAUCUUUAUCACCAGCAGAUGUCACUCUAUGCAGGUUUUGUUCAAAGAAAACAGUAUUGAAGAUUCUGACAAAUCUAAUUUUCAACAACUCUUAAAAAGAUACUAGUGACUCAUUAAAAAUGCCCCCACCUGAGCCUCUGUGGGUUCAAAAUUGGCAGCCAGAACUCAAGUUGAGCCUGUAACUAUCAGACUGCACAAAGUCAUUGGGAAAUGGAGAAGACAGAAAUGGCUUUUCUAAAAAACUGAUUUUAGCAUGUGUAUUUUUUACAUAUUGGUUGCUUUUCUGAGCAUCCAAAAGCUGCUUAAAAUAGGUGUAUAGGUCAGCAUUUCAGAUAUGAUCCAAUGAUGAUUAAAACCAAAUAGUACAGUUUUAAAAGUUAACUCUGAUGAUAUUUGAAUUAUAUCUCCACUUUUUAAGUGCAGAGUCUGAAUAUUUAUAGUAUAGAAUCUUUCUAGCACUGAAUAAUCCAAAUAUUAUGAGUGACUACUAUUCACUAAGCAUUUGGAAAAGUCAAAUAGGAAAUUUUCAAAGUAAUUUAAAGUAGCAUAUGAUUAUUCAUUGUAUGUUGUAAUUUGUCUUCUGAGAUUAAAGAGAGACAUAAGCUUGUUUUCCUUCUGUUUUACAAAGUUGAUAUAAAUCUUACUGUAAUUCAGGAAUAGAUUAGGCUCCUAGCUCAGCUGCUUAUUAAGUGUUUAAGCUUUCAGGAUUCCGGAAUCAAAAGGUCUGGCAGGCUGAUCAUCUCAGUUUGACCUACUCAAGAUUGAGUCAUUCACUUCUUUCAAUACAAACACCCUGAUUUGUCUUUAGGGAGCUGUUCUUUCCUCACUGUCAGUCCAAAUGACCUUAUCCUGGCUGAUUGGUCAACUACAAUACUUUCACUGGAACUUAUGGGGUGAUGCUACAUUACUAAACUAAACAGGAUGUAUCUGGAUCUUCCAGUGAUCAAUUUUGGCUACCUUAUACAAAGAAGCCAACAGAUGGUGAAGCCAACAGAGAAUCCAAGAAAAGGAAAAAGUUUGUCAGGGAACAGGCAUUGUAGCAUGACAGGUGAAGCCACCACUUGGGAUGCCCAAAUCCUGGAUCAGAAUGCCAGUUCAAGUCCCUGCUACUCCAGCUACUCUGCUUCCCAUCUACUUUCCUGCUGAUGUACCUGGAAGGACAACAGAUGAUGAUGAUGGCUCAAGUACUUGGUGUUUGCCACACAUGGGAGACCUAAAUGGCAUUCUAGGCUCCUGGCUUUGGCCUGACCCAGCGCUGGCCAUUAUGAGCAUUUGGGGAGUGAACCACUGAGUAGGGGAUCACUUUCCUUUUCAAAUAAAUACAUCUUAAAAAUUCCUCAUGACAUCACUUCAGCCCCUGAAUGAAGUCAUAAUAUUUUAUUGUUUCAGCUACAUGGGCUGGAAAAUUCCCCUACUCAUUUCCUGCCACGUACAAUCAGGAUACCUGCCUUGUAUACUUGGUUCCCAAUCUUUGUUUCCAAUCUUACUAUGAGUGAGUAAUAGGAAAGUUUGUGUUUCACUAAUGAUAUGAUUUUGGAUACCUCUUUCCAGUCCUCAGUGUCAGUUUUCUCCCCUACAAACCUGGCCCAGACUUGGUUGUUGCAGCCCUUUGUGAAGUGAACCAGCAGAUGGAGGUUUCUCUCUCUCUCUCUUUCUCUCUCUCUUGCUUUUGCUGUACCUUUAAAUUUUUUAAAAAGGUUAGAAUAAAUAAACAAAAUAGAGAAAAAUCAAUGAAACCAAGAAUUGGUCCUUUGAAAAGAUCAACAAAAUUAACAAACCUGUUUUUCAUAGAAAAAAAAAGAUGAUUCAAAAUUUGGAUUGAAAAAGGGGACUUUACUACCUACCUUGCAGAUACGAAAAUGCUUAAUAAGGAAAUAUUAUGAGCAGUUGUCUAGCAAAUAUUAUGAGUUGUCUAGCAAUAAAUUGGAUAGCUUGAAUGAAAUGGAAAAUCUCUAAAAAGGCAGAUUCCCAAAAGUAAUAGGAAAUCUGGGUCAACCUAUAACAGCUAAAAACAUUGAGUCAAUAUCCCCACAAGCCCAAUAAUCAGAGAAAAGCCCAGGGUCAGAUGGGUUCACUGUCAUCUAGUGAAUUCUGUCAAACUUUAAAAAUACCAAUUCUUCAAACUCUUCACAAAAAGUGAAGAAUGAAUAUGUCAUAAAAUUCCUCAACAAAAUACUAGCAAACUAAACCCAGAAACAUAUUUUUUAAAAAAUUAUACAACGGGGCUGGUGCUGUGGCAGAGUGGAUUAAGCAUUCACCUGGGCUCUGGCAUCCAAUAUGGGCACCAGUUCAAGUCCUGGCUACUCCACUUUUGAUCCAGCUCUCUGUUGAUGGCCUGGGAAAGCAUUAGAGGAUGGCCCAAGUGCUUUGGCCCCUGUACUCAUGUGGGAGACCCAGAGGAAGCACCUGGCUCCUGGCUUUGCAUCAGCCUAGUUCCGGCCAUUGCAACCAUUUAGGUAGUCAAUCAGUGGAUGGAAGACCUCCGCCCUGCUCCUGUCUCUCCUUCUCUCUGUAACUCUGCCUCUGAAGUAAAUAAAAAAAUCUUUAAAAAAAAAAAAAAAGC